CUUGGUAUCAGCACCACGGAAGGCGAAACCAUUUCUUUUGCUCUUAAGAGUUCCAUUUGCCAACUUUGGAUUCAGUCUAUUUCGUGAAAUCAGCAAAUACAUACCUAACACCAUUCAGAAGUAAGAAAGCGAAAAAAAAAGAAUUAAAACAAAAACCGCAAGCAAAUCGGAAAUCGCGUUAAAGUUGCUGUAGCAAAAAACAAAACUUAGACAAAAAGAGAAUCAAUUAUUCGGCAAAAAUCAAAAGACUGAUUGAUACCCAGUAACCAAAUUAUUAUUUGUGUAUUAAAAGUUUUUUAACUAAGGUCCACAUUUGGAAAAUUUUUCUUCUACGGUUUGUGUUGGAAAAAUAAUGUUUAAAAGUUCUUCUUCAUUGUCAAUUAAACAAUUGUGGUUGUUGGGAGGCAGCAGUGCCAGUAAAAAGCUUAAAAACGUACAACUUUUUAAUGGAAGUAAUGUGUCCCUGUUAUUGAGUAAGCGCUUGAAAGCCACCGCUUUUAAUUUAGCUGAAAAUUUAGAAGAGAAAAGUGUUGAUAACAAUAAUAGCUUGCUUGAAACAUCACCUGAACUUCCUUCUUCGACAAGCAACAAUGUUUCAUCGUCGUCAUCAUCACCUUUAGAUGGACGUAAGAAAUUUGGUCACACUGGAAAGGUGCUACAGGAAAAAAUCAAAUCGGAGCGCAAAUUGAGGGCCCCCCCGUUGAUGAACUUGAUUUUUGCCAAUCGCAAGCUAUCCUUUUACGAUACCAGCAGUAAUCCACCUUCACCAAAUGAUGAAUCUUUACGUGUGCAGAAGCGUUGCUACUCCGUUAGACCCCAUCGUGAACAAGAGCAACGCAAUGCCGAAGAUGUACUCUUUGACAUGUUCUACAAUGAGGAGACGGGCCUUAUAUCGAUGGGCAAAUUCUUGGCCGCUCUCAAGACGACCGGCAUAAGACGCUCUGAUCCUCGUGUCAAGGAGCUUAUGGAUAACCUUAAGAAGGUGCACAAAUUGAAUAACUAUGAGACAGGGUCGUCGGCUGAGACUCAAAAUCUCAAUCGUGAGACAUUUAAGGCUGUGGUGGCUCAAAACAUUGUUUUGAUAGCCAAGGCAUUCCGCCAACAAUUUGUUAUACCCGAUUUUGUGGGUUUCGUCAAGGACGUAGAGGAGAUCUAUUGGAAGUGUAAAAGCAAUACCGAUGGCAAGGUGGCCGAUUAUAUACCACAAUUGGCCAGAUAUAGUCCCGAAUCUUGGGGUGUUAGUAUUUGCACCAUUGAUGGUCAAAGAUAUUCCAUAGGCGAUGUGGAUGUGCCCUUCACUUUGCAAAGUUGCAGCAAGCCUUUGACCUAUGCCAUUGCGUUGGAAAAAUUGGGAGCUAAUGUGGUGCAUUCAUAUGUGGGUCAGGAACCCAGUGGUCGUAACUUCAAUGAAUUGGUUUUGGAUCAUAACCAAAAACCCCAUAAUCCCAUGAUAAAUGCUGGUGCCAUUUUAACCUGUUCCAUAAUCCAUGCCCUGAUUAAGCCUGAAAUGACAGCAGCUGAGAAAUUCGAUUAUGUGAUGACUUGGUUCAAACGUUUGUCUGGUGGUGAAAAUAUAGGCUUUAACAAUGCCGUUUUCCUGUCGGAACGUGAGGCUGCUGAUCGUAACUAUGCUUUGGGUUUCUAUAUGCGUGAGAAUAAAUGCUAUCCAAAGAGGACAAAUCUGAAAGAAGUCAUGGACUUUUAUUUCCAGUGCUGUUCCAUGGAGACCACCUGCGAAGCAAUGGGCGUCAUUGCAGCCACCCUGGCUAAUGGUGGCAUUUGCCCCACCACCGAAGAGAAAAUCUUCCGUCCCGAAGUUGUUCGUGAUGUUUUGUCAAUUAUGCAUUCGUGCGGCACCUAUGACUAUUCGGGGCAAUUUGCCUUCAAAGUCGGUUUGCCCGCCAAGUCAGGUGUGAGCGGUGGCAUGAUGUUGGUCAUACCCAAUGUCAUGGGUAUUUUUGCCUGGUCUCCACCCCUAGAUCAUUUGGGCAAUACUGUGCGUGGUGUACAAUUCUGUGAAGAGCUGGUGAAUGUUUUCAAUUUCCAUCGUUAUGAUAAUUUAAAACAUGCCACCAAUAAGAAGGAUCCCCGUAAACAUCGUUAUGAGACCAAAGGAUUGUCUAUUGUGAAUUUACUAUUUUCGGCAGCUAGUGGUGAUGUUACCGCAUUGCGUAGACAUCGCCUAUCGGGCAUGGAUAUUACGUUGGCAGAUUAUGAUGGUCGUACGGCUUUGCAUUUGGCUGCCUCCGAGGGUCAUUUGGAUUGUGUGCGCUUUUUGUUGGAACAAUGUCAUGUGCCCCAUAAUCCCAAGGAUCGUUGGGGUAAUCUUCCCGUCGAUGAGGCAGAGAAUUUCGGUCACCAUAAUAUUGUGGAAUUUUUAAAGCAAUGGGCUGAAAAGUCAGACAAUAAUGAGGAUGUUAAGACAGAGGCUGUGGUUAAGAAUACCGAAGCCGAUGAGGAACUUAUAACACCUGACAUUAAAACUGGCUAUGAUCGUAGUGCUACCGCCAGCCCCAUGCCCUCGGAUACCAGCACCAGCAGCGGACCCGAUGAUCACAGCCGCCCUGGCCUCUAAGCAAACUCAGUAGGACAUAAGAAACGAAACCCAAAGUAGUGUGUACAAUAGAAUCUCUUUUACCUUACUUACCUUUACAGUUAGUUCUCAUAUAUCAUUUUAAAAUGAUUUAUACAUACAAAUUAUAAUUAUUUUUUUAUUAUUAAUUCCAUUUGAUUAGUUGCUAAAGGCUUGCAAAACAAAAAAGAUUUAGUUUCUAAGCUCGAAUUCAAUGAGGCAUUUUAGUUUGUAAGAGAGCCAUCACCCGAUAGAACGAAGGAACUUCAAACGAAGAACUUCCUUGGCAUAGAAACAAAGUAGACUUCCAUAAAUAGCUAAAGUUUAAUAAUAAGGCGGAUACACUUUUGAGAGAGGAAAUAACAUUUGGACACAAUUUUCUAUGAACACCAAAAUUUGACUUUUUCUAUAGAAAUAA